UCAGUGGGAUUAUUAGUCGAAAAAACAAAAAAGAACCAGAGACACGAGCAGAGCAGCAGCAGUAGGCUCUCUCCUUUCUCCUCACUCUCAAUCCCCACCCCUGGGCUGGACGGCAGCGCGGCGGGGUGGCUGGAGGCGGGUGGCCGGGUGGGCCUCAGCUCGCCUGGAUCUCAGGUUAGUCGCCGGCACCGGCUGCGGGCCGGUGAGCAGCCGCCCGCAGCCGAACUCGAAGUUCCUGCCAAUGGCGCGGUCAGCCUAGCUGCUAACUCUUCUGACCUGCACUUCUUCGACCUCCGCCGGAGGUUCUGCAAGCUCCUCUUCCUCCCUCUCCCUAAGCUUCGCCCCGCCCCAGAGAUUUUGUUCAAGAUCCGCCACACUGCCAACAAGUACUAUUUACCUCACCAUUGUCCCCAAGCAUUAGCAGCUCUUCUUCCUCCUUCCCCUCAUCCUCAGUCAGUUCUAGUGGGAAGCAACAAUGGAGAACUGCAGCAAGAAGCCGAGGCUCGGUCUCACACCCAAUGGACAGGCUAAGCAAGAAGCAGCGGAUCGUGAAACCAGCAGAGCGGUUGUGGUGGAGGACGACGCCGCCCUGUCGGUAAACAAGAUGGCCAUCGAGACCGAUAGGACCAUGUAUGACUGCCCACUCUGCUAUCGGCCCUUGAAGCCUCCCGUGUUGAAGUGCCGAGCCGGGCACGGUGCGUGCGGCAGCUGCGCUAAAAACCACUCUCGCAAGUGCCAUUUGUGCGCGGACGGCGGCGAGUACGAGCACGUCCACUGGUUGGACCCCUGGGUCAUGGCGGCCAAGGUUCGGUGCCCAAACGAGCCGUUUGGCUGCCAGACCUUGGUGACCUACUUCUUGGUUGAGGACCACCGGUUGGAGUGCCCACACGCUCCUUGCUACUGCCCCGAGCCUGGUUGCACCUUCCCUGGCUCGCCGCCGAUGCUCUACGACCACCUCAAGGUGCACCACGACUGGCUCGUCACCUCCAUCGCCUUCGGCAAGAAACUCGAUCUCGAGAUAGAUGAGGCGCAGCGGCGCCAUCUGCUGGCUACGAAAAAUGGGGAGCACUUGUUCCUCCUGGUCAUCACCGAGGUGGUCGGCGGAGGUCGUGAAGUCAGGCUCGUGCGUGUCUGUGGCAAGGAUGCAGGCCCAUCGGGGUACUGGUGCAAGGUGUGGACGCAUGCGCCCAUGGACCCAGGGAACGGGUACAGGAAACCAGUCCUGAUGUUGGAGGACAGGGCAAGGAGCUGCGCGGUGCCCUCAGAGGAGGCGGCCAUGGAGGUGGGCGGCAGGUACUUGCCUGUGCAGCUCCUCGACAUGCACCCGAGAGGAGGGUUUGCUCUCCGCCUUCGCAUCACGAGGCUGCUGCUUGACUCAGUAAAUGCUUUGGUAGCUGAUGAAGGAAGGCAAGAUGGGCAGGCUGCAUUUGUCUCAGCUGGUGAAGGAAGUCAAGAGGCUACUGAGUCUGGAAAUGCUUCCUUGGCUGCCACAUCUCCCUCAGUUAUGGAAAAAGCGCCUCUUGAUAUUGCUGAAUCACAGAAUUGUCCAAGCCCCCCAACAUCAGUGCCACUUGCCAGCUUGACUUCUAUCACUCCGAAGGUUCUGUCCUCUGAAGUUGGUGAUCCAAAGCAUGAUGUGUUUGUCCUAGCUGGUGAAGGACGGCAAGAUGUGCAGACUGCAUUUGUCUCAGGUGGUGAAGGAAGUCAAGAUGCUACUGAGUCUGUAAAUGCUUUGGUAGCUACCGCAUUGCUCUCGGUUAUGGAAAAAGUGCCUCUUGAUACAGCUGAAUCGAAGAGUUGUCCUAUCUCCCCAACAUCAGCACCACUUCCCAGCCCGGGUUCUACCACUCUGAAGGCUUUGACCUCUGAAGAUGGUGACACACAGCUGGUAGCUACUGUAUCACCCUUGGGUAUGGAAAAAGCGCCUCCUGAUACUGCUGAAUCAAAGAAUUGUCGUAGCUCCCCAGCAUCAGUGCCACUCCCCAGCCUGGCUUCUACCACUCCGGAGGCUCUGACCUCUAAACCUGGCGACACAAAGCUGGUGAGAGCAAAGCAUCCUAAGAAGAACUACCAUACCAGUAAUCCAAGGAGAAGCGCUAGAUUGCGUGAAUGUUUUAACAAUCCUGUGGAAGAGCUGGCAGCUGAUCACAGGAGGUCUUGCAUGCUCGAUCCAGCAGAAGAAUCAGUUGCCUCUAUUGACAAUGCAUAAUCUAAAAAAAAAACCUCUACUGACUCUGCAAACUAAGGUAGUUGACUGAAUAAAACAAAUAUUUAUGCAGCAGUAGCUUUGAGAUCAAAAUCUAUUAGUCAGAACAUUUCACACGCUGAAUUUUGUCGAAAGAGAUGUAGCUGAUAUUCUUAGUUCAGAAUUCAGUACCCUUCUGUUCAUUAAUUUACAAAAGAAAAUUGUUGGGUGAAUUUUCUAGUGAUGGAUUUGAGCUAUGUGAAAAAUAGUGUUGGGUGUUGCAAGCCAAUUUUCUAGUAAUGCUGUAAUAGCAGUUAACAAAACAUGCUUCAGUCAUGGUUACUUGGUUAGCAUCUUACA